UAAAUUUGGAACUUUGCGCCCGAACAUUAGCAUGGGCAAGAGCGAGAAGAAGCGCAAGCACAAGCGGGCCGACUCGAGCGACGAGGACGACGAGGCCCGCCGGGCGCGGAGGAAGGACAAGAAGGCCUCCAAGAUCGUCAAGGCCAUGGGCUACUCGAACGACGACAACCCGUUCGGCGACGCCAACCUCACGGCCAAGUUUGUCUGGCACAAGAAGGCCGAGGUCGCGCCGGCCAAGCGCAAGUCGCCCGAGCGCAAGCGACGAUCUCGGUCCCGCGAUCGGUCGCGGUCGAGAUCGCGUGACCGGCGCAGCAGCAAGCGCAGCGGCCGCAAUGACGACAUGCGCGAAGAGCUCAUCAACGAAAUCAUGAAGGUGCGCCAGCGCCGCGACGAGCGCGAGGCCGAGCGCGAGGAAAUGGACCGACUGCGGGAAGAGGAGUCGCGACUGCGCGAUGCGUCCGAGUACGAUGACUGGCAGCAGAAGGAAGAGUCAUUCCACUUGAGCCAAGCGCGCGUUCGGUCGCACAUCCGCAUCCGCGAAGGCCGCGAGAAGCCGAUCGACUUGCUCGCCAAGAACCUCCUCCUCGCGUCCACGUCGCAUGUGAUUGACCCGACCAAGGCCGUCGAAGACACGCUCGCGGAGCUCAAGCACGCGCAGGUCGAGCUGCGUGCGCCCGAGCAGCUGCUUGUCGGCCUCGCAGGCCACGAGCUUGCCGAGCUGCACAAGGACAUCCAGGUGUACAUGGAGCUUGAAGGCGAGACGGGUGAAAACAUCGAGUUCUGGAAGCUCCUCGCGAUCGUGUGCUUGGACGAGAUCACCAAGCGCCAGAAGAAGGCGAGUUCGCGCCAUGCAAUUCACACGGAGGUCCAAAAGGCCAUCGAUGAGAUGCUCACGGGCAAGUCGAUCGCUGAGCUCGACGAACUCGGCGCUGAAAUCGACGCGACGAUCAACGGCGGCGGAUCCGGCAUCGACGUCGAGUACUAUGAGAGCGUGCUGCAAGAGAUCAAGGUGCACAAGGCCAAGAGCCGGCUCCACGACAUCCAUGCGGCCUUGCUCACGACGCUCGGCGACCGCGUGGCGUCGCAGGAAGCCCACGCCGCGUACCAAGUCUCGCAGGCGACGGCUCCAUCGGCAUCGCCAUCGGCGCCCGCGCUGACGACGGGCACGCUGGACAACAGCCGCGAAGCGCUCUCGAUGAUGGCGCUGGAGCAGGACAAGGGCAUGGAGGACCAGGAGGAGGAGUUUAUGGACGAGGUCGCGUGCAAGCUGCCGUCGUGGUCGGCCAAGUACGAGCCGCGGAAGCCGCGCUUCUUCAACCGCGUCAAGACCGGGUACGACUGGAACAAGUACAACCAGACGCACUACGACGAAGACAACCCGCCGCCCAAGACGGUGCAAGGCUACAAGUUCAACCUCUUUUACCCCGACCUCAUCGACAAGAGCGUCACGCCCAAGUACGUGCUCGAGGCCGCAGAAUCGCGCGACUUUUGCAUCAUCCGCUUCCAAGCCGGCCCGCCGUACGUCGACUUGGCCUUCAAAAUCGUCAACCGCGAGUGGGAGUACUCGCACAAGCGCGGCUUCAAGUGCGUCUACGAGCGUGGCAUCCUGCACCUCUACUUCAACUUUAAGCGCCACCGCUACCGCCGCUAAGACGAGCUCAACGCGAAACACAUUCCCCA